UAAAGUCAAAGUACAAGAAAUCAGACAUCAAACAACCAUCAACAAAGGAGUGUUUGACUUCAACAUUGUUUCAGAAUCUGAUUUUCCCAGGAAAACAAAACCCCACAUCAAGCAUCUUAAAAUUCUUGAAAGCAAAGCAAAGCAAAAUAGGAAAAAACUUUCACAAAUUCAAAGAAAUAAACCCCUAAAAAAGAGAAUUCAGCUUUUUCUACAAGAAAAAAAGAAGAUGGGAUUUUUCACCUACGCCAUUACCGGCGUUGGUUUCAUCCUGAUUGGGUCGUGGGAAUCCAUAACCUCUUUAAACCUGAUCCGAAUCCCGAAUCCAACUUCAUCUUCUUCACUUUCGACCCAGAUCAAAUCUAACUCUGUUUCAAAAACUAAAGAAUGUCCAUUUUCCUCGUCAUCAUCCUUCAUCUUUGUAUCAGUCUUUUCCCUAUUGAUCUUCUUUAAUUCUCUGGUUUCAAUCUUUGAUGCUUUCAGUUCAAAGGACCGGGUGGGGUCGAUGCUCCAAUUACAAGUACUCGCGAUUGCUCUGCUUUUCUUGCUUUACUCUGCUUUGGGUCUUUCAAAUAAUAAGCAAAGUUCAUAUUUAUGGCCUGAUUCUGUUCUUGAUUUAGUUCUUCUUUUAGCUUUUGUUGAAGAAUUUUUGUUGUAUUACUUGCAAAGGAAGGAUACAAGUGGGAUUGAGAAUAGAUAUUUUGAUCUUUUAUGUGUUCCCAUAGCAAUUUGUGUGGUUUCUACAAUGCUAGAGUUGAGGUCGAAAAGUUCGAUUUACUCGAAACUGGGACGAGGCAUUGGAUUGAUUUUACAAGGAACAUGGUUUGUGCAAAUGGGGCUUUCAUUUUACACUAAUUUGAUCGUUGAUGGAUGUAGUUUACAUGAAAAAAGUAGAGGGAAUUAUACUAUUAAGUGCAAAGGUCACCCUGAGUAUCAUAGAGGGAGAGCUAUUGCAACGUUGCAAUUUAAUUGCCAUCUUGCUAUGGUUGUGGUUUUGGUUGUUGGGAUGUUGUCAAUUAUGGGUAAAAGGAAUGGUGUUGGUGUUUCAGAGAAUGGUUUGCGGUAUAGGCCAUUAGGGGCUGAAAUGCAGCAGAUGGAUAAUAAUGUGGGGAAUUUCACGUUGGAUUCUGAUGAUGAUCUCGAUGAUGAGAUUAAAGAAGAAGAUGAUUUGGGGAAAGAAAAGGCAGCUAUUGUGGAAUUGGGUGUCAAUGGUCUAGGUGCACAUGUGUGAGAUACAAAUUACAGGGGUAUAUAUGGUGGUCACUUGAAGUCCAGCGAGAUAGAUCUGAACUUGGUGAAUUAAUCAAGAGUAUGCACACCUUGGCAGCGGUUAGCAUCCACUACUGGUACUUGGGAAGCACAAUAACGACAGCUCUUCAUAUGAGUCAUUUGUUGUGAGCCUUCAUUAAGUGGAAGAUUAGAGUUCAAGACCUCUUAUACUGCUAGCCUUUGCUUGCUUAAUUACAAAGCCAAGCUGUAUCCAACCAUAAAGAGGUAAAUGCCUCCUUGGCUUACGA